CUAUAUAUAAUUAUAUAUAUAUCCCAAUUUUUCAAAUUUUACCUAUGCACUUAAUAAUAACACCUAAUAAUUGUUUUAUUAAAAAAAAGGUACGGUAACCGUUCUCUGACAUUGAUAAAAUACUUUCCAGAUUUGCAUUUUCAAGAAUUGUACGUUCCAGAUUUUUACAGGUACCUAUGUCAAUUAUGAUAACAAAUGGUUUGUGGCACAAAUAUACUGUGGAACAAAUAUUUUAAGCCCGUUGAGUUUGAGUGUGAUAUAAUUUUUAAUUAUCUCUUUUUAUUUUAAUCAUGAACUGAGAUAAUUUAUCAUAUAUUAUACAAGUAUAAGUAAUAUGAGUAGUAUAAUUAUCUUAGUUCAUGAUUUCAAUCACCGUGUUCCCCCUCUGCGAAAACUUCGUUUCAAAAAGACCAACAACAUUGUUUUCUUUAGUACUGUUGCGAGUCCAUAUUAUCUUUAAUUGUUAUACAUUAUUAUAUUUUAUUAAAUCUAUUUUGUCAUGCAUUUUGAUAAAAUUUAUUAAAAUGAACGUUAGGUUACAAUUUAUUGUAAACUCAAUGAAAACGAUUUUCAAAAAUUAUUGUACUCCUAGUGAACUUUAUGCUAAAAAAAUUAAAGAUUUAACGGUCAUUUCAACAAAUCACUUGACUCCAGAAAUUAAAUUGUAUUUGAUCACAGAGCAAUGCAAACUGUGGCAUUCACCUGCUGAUCAAUGUGAAUUUGAUGAUCCAUUUUGGGCAUUUUAUUGGCCUGGUGGUCAAGCUAUAUCGAGGUAAAAAAAAAUGUGCGGUAGGUAUAUAACAAAAACAUUAAAUUAUUUAUAUUUCUGGUAUAAAUUUAGUUUAGCAUCCACCCAGUUUUCCGAAAAUUCUCGAAUCAAACAAAUGAACUUUUUCAUGCCGAGAAAUGUGCUAUCAGAAUUGGGCAGUUCAGUUGAAUCAUUUUCAUAAUAUGAAUAAAACACAAUAAAACCAUAGAAUAAAACCUUGUUUUUAUCACAAAUAUUUUGGAAAUUGAAAACCAACUAACUUAUUUUCAUUUCUAUACUGGAUGACCAUAUCAUAUUUAAUGGACACAUACCUUCAGCUGAAAAUUCUAGAACACUUUGGAAACAGAACAAUUUUCCUCCACUUACCUAACCAAUGAAUUGUGCACAAUAAAAAUUAUUAAAAAUAAAUAUAAGAAAUCAACAAUUUAAUUUUAUCUAUUUGGAAAUUAAAAAAUGUGUUUCAACAGAAGAUUGAUGAGUUGAGUAUAAAUGGAAGUUAGGAAAAAAAAAGUGGCUAAAAGUUUAUAGGGGAAAAUAUGAAGACAUGUAGAGUAUAUGUAUUUAUGAUGAUGAAUAGAAGAUGGGAAGGGAGAACCAUUUACUUUUAUUUUAAUAAUAAAUUACUGUCACAUAUUAUAUUUAGUAUAUCUUUAUAUCUUAGGUUUAUAUUGGAUAACCGUCAAUAUGUUAAUAACAAAAAAGUAUUGGAUGUUGGUAGCGGUAGUGCAGCAUGCGCUUUAGCAUCAGCUAUUGCAGGUGCCAGUCAAGUUACAGCUAACGACAUAGACCCAGGUGCUUAUUGUUGAAAAAAAAUGUACAUUAAAAUUUUAAUUGUAUACAAUAUAUUUUAUCGGUCUUAACAGUUGCAUGUGUAGCAGCUAAAUUAAAUGCUCAAUUAAACAACAUCUGUAUUGAUGUAUUACCUAAGAAUAUUUUGUCAGAUGAUUGUUCACAAUGGGAUGUUAUUAUUGUUGGUGAUAUGUUUUAUUCAAAAGAUAUAGCUGAGUUACUGUGGAAAUGGCUAAACACACUGCAUAACCACGGAAAGAUUGUGCUUAUUGGUGAUCCGGGUAGACAUUGCUUUAAACCAGAAUGUCAACUAACAAAGCUUGCAGAAUACAAAUUAACAGAAAAUUGUUGUUUAGAAAAUCGAGGAUUCUCUACUUCGUCUGUUUGGAAGUUAAAUUGAAAUUGAUACAUACAUUUAAAAAAAAACCAUUUAUAGAAAAUAUUAGAUUAAACAAAUUAUUUUAUCUGGUCCCUCUAGAAUACUAUUAUAAUAAUAAAAUAGUUUUUACUGCAUUCGAAGAAAAUUAAAUUUAUUUUGUAUAAUAAAAAAUUAAAAAAUUAAUCCAAAUUAAAUUGAAUUAAAAUUGUACAAUAAAAAAAUUAUUUCUAUUAACUAAUUUGUUUUAAUCAAGCAGCUGAUAACUGUUUAAUUUCUCUGCGCUAUAAAAUCCAGCUUUUACUUGUCUACCACCAAAAAAUCUGCCAUUUAAGUCUACCACAGCUGUAAUAAAAUAUAAAAUAAUAAAUAAAUAUAGUUUAAAGAAUUAUCAGAAUUAAAUGUAUAAUAAUAAUUUCACCUUUUAUUGCUGAUUCUAUACGUUUAAAUUCUACAAAUAUGCGUACAGCUUCUUCAGGAUCUACAUUUGGAACUUCAUAAAUAACUACUCUGUUAACAUCCCCAUAUUUGGUGUUACAUUCGUCUUUUACUUCAGGUUCAAGAUCCUGAUCAACUUCACCCGGUCCAACCAUAUUUCGUAAUAGUACUACCUAUUGUUGUUUUUUUCAAUUAAGUUAAUAUUGAUGAUAUAAAACGGUUUUAAUUUUUUACCUUUGAUUGUUCCUUCAUAAUUUCUGUAAUACUUUGUAAUGGUUUAGGAGGUGGAGGAGCAGGUGCUACAAAAUCAUCUUGUACCAUAGGCACCAAUGGAGGAGGUGAAAUAUUACCACCCGGCUUUUCGUGAAUAAUUCUACCUCCUCUUUUGCUUGUUUUUUCCACUUGUAAUGCUACUGAGAUGCCUUGUUCUUUCUUUCCCAAACCUUGUCCCUCCUAGAU